CUCCAUUGCUCUUAGUAUUAAAGUGCUACCGUUGCUGGCCCUCCAUUAGAAAAAAAAAAACACCUACUCUACACGCAUAUAUGGCUCGCGAAGAACUAUCGUACGCUAACAUCUCUCGGAUCACCUUCCAAGCCACCGUCCAGGUUGUGUUCAUUUGUCUUGCAGGCUUCAUCUGCACUAAAUCUGGUCUUCUCAACUCCAAUGCUCAGAAAACCAUUUCGCGGUUGAACGUGGACCUUUUCACGCCCUGUUUGGUGUUCACCAAGUUGGCGCCGCUGCUUUCCUUUAAGAAGUUGAUAGACUUGUUUGUCAUCCCCAUCUUCUUCGCCAUCUCCACUGCCAUCGGCUACUUGUGUUCCCGCACCACCUCCAGCCUUCUCCUGCUCAACGACGCCGAAACUGACUUUGUCACGGCCAUGGCCGCGUUCGGUAACUCCAACUCGUUGCCUGUAUCAUUGACCCUUGCCUUGUCCUACACCUUGCCUAACUUGGACUGGGAGGAUGUCGAAAAUGAUACCCCGGAGAAAAUUGCCUCCAGAGGUAUCUUGUACCUCUUGAUCUUCCAGCAGUUGGGCCAGAUUUUGCGUUGGUCCUGGGGCUACAACACCUUACUCAGAAAGCGUGACCCUAAGGAGAUCAGACUCGUGACCACGGGUUACGUUGAGGACUCCCUUCCAGAUGAAGAGACUGAGUUGAUCGAACCCCGCGAAUCCGAAGAACCAGAGGACACACCAAUCGUCUACGAGCCUCCACUUCUGAACAGAUGGGCCAAGUUCGCCUAUAACGUUAGUAAUAACCGUUUUGUAGCCAGGUUCAUGGGUUUCAUGAAUCCUCCGUUGUACUCGAUGUUGUUGGCUGUGAUUGUGGCCACCAUCACCCCGAUUCAGCAGGAGCUCUACGUCAAGGAGUCGUUUUUGAACCACACCCUUGCUUCUGCCAUCAGACAGCUUGGAUCUGUCUCUAUUCCUCUCAUUUUGAUCUGUCUCGGGUCCAAUUUAGCACCGUCUAAUGACAUCCCACCACCGACCCGCCACUACAACCGUAUUGUGUUUGCCUCGUUAGUCUCGCGCAUGGUGUUGCCGCUGUUGUUGUUGUUACCGCUUAUUGCCGUGGCUGUCAAGUACUUCCAGAUCUCCAUUUUGGACGACCCGAUCUUCUUGGUGGUGAGCUUCAUCUUGACAGUCUCGCCGCCCGCCAUCCAGUUGUCGCAGAUCUGCCAGUUGAACGAUCUCUUUCAAAGAGAGAUGGCGGGCGUCUUGUUCUGGGGCUAUGUUGUCUUGACCUUGCCCACCACCAUUGCCAUUGUUGUGGGAGCCCUAGAGGUGUUGGAAUGGGCUGAGGGUCCGGGUAUGGGUACCGGUACCGUUAAGGCAAUAUUUUGGUAGUAGUCACACGGAUCUGAGCACAGUAAAUGCAGGCUGUCUUAGCUCGUCAUGACUUGUAUAAUACAGAAGUUCACUAUAUGAUGCAAUGGGGUGAUAAAUAUGAAACUAAUGGAAUCAUACGUUGUAGUAUGAGGGGGGACGAAGAUCAAUUAAAUCGGGGCGUGGGUAUCUGGGUUAAACUGGCUAUAUUAAUAGACAUGGCCAGGGAGGAUAUAGCAGUGAAAGAAAGGAAAACCAUACGAAAAGGACUAUACUAAUUGAGUAGAGGAAAACAAAAAAGGGUGCAUGGGAGAAGAAUGAUGAGGAAAGGACAAACAUAUACGAAAUUCGCGCGCUUUAGAAAGUACUGAGUAGCUGGACAAAUA